UCUUAGUUUGACCUUCCUGGCUUGCCGUACUGUUGUGUAACAUUUCGCGCGAAAUUUAAUAACAUCCGGAAUAAAAUCAUAAUCGAUGUUUAGCUGCAGUUGUAAGUUAAACUUCAUAACAUGGUGAACAUCACUUUAUAGUAUCACUAACUAAAGCCUGUUAAAGUAGUUACCCAGCAGCGAGCAUUACAGGAAGAAAGCGAAACAGACAUGAACGCCUCUGCUGUGGAAAUGAAGCAGGAAGAUGCUUCUGUGUAGGAAGGGUUAGCUAGCAACGAGUGGAAUAUCUCUCUGAAUAUCACGCCGAAGAUACCAGAAACAUGAGAAGGAGUCUUGCACCCAGUCAGGUUGCUAAACGGAAGCAGGGAGACGAUGACAGUAAAGAUGAAGACUGGACAUACCAAACUGAGAAAAAAAGAAAAGGAGACAAAGAGAAGAGAGAAAACCACAUUUCUGUUUUCAGAAAGCCUCUGUCACAGCUGAACAACCGCCCUACAUGCUUGGAUGGUGAUGCACAUGAGGCAUUCAUCCGCAGCAUCCUCUCUAAGCCAUUCAAGAUCCCAAUUCAAAAUUACCAAGGCGCUCUGGGAAUCCGAGCUCUUGGUCUGAAGCGGGCAGGAGUAAGAAAGGCACUUCAUGAUCCCUUUGCAGAAGAUGCUUUGGUUCUUUAUGAACCCCCAACCCUGAGCGCUCAUGACCUCAUCAAAGCUGAAAAAGAAAAACUGCCCGUUCAUGUUGUUGUGGAUCCAGUUGUGGGAAAAGUUCUCAGACCCCAUCAGAGAGAGGGGGUGAAGUUCCUGUGGGAGUGUGUGACAGGCAGGCGGAUCCCUGGAUCAUACGGCUGCAUCAUGGCUGAUGAGAUGGGCCUGGGGAAGACUUUGCAGUGCAUCACUCUCAUGUGGACCCUGCUACGCCAAAGUCCGGAUUUUAAGCCAGAGAUAGACAAAGUUAUUGUGGUUUCACCUUCCAGUCUGGUGCGUAACUGGUACAACGAAGUGGGAAAGUGGUUGGGAGCACGCGUCACACCAGUGGCCAUCGAUGGAGGUUCAAAGGCCGACAUCGAUAGACAACUAGUGAACUUCAUGUCUCAGCAUGGUUUGAGAGUGCCGACCCCGAUCCUGAUUAUCUCAUAUGAGACAUUUCGACUUCAUGCUGAGGUUCUACACAAGGGCAAAGUUGGACUUGUCAUCUGUGAUGAGGGCCAUCGGCUGAAAAAUUCUGACAACCAGACAUACCAGGCUCUUAAUGCCAUGAGUGCUCAGAGGAGAGUGCUGAUCUCAGGCACUCCCAUCCAGAACGACCUGCUGGAGUACUUCAGCCUGGUCCACUUUGUUAACGCUGGGAUCCUUGGAACUGCCCAGGAGUUUAAAAAACGUUUUGAGCUUCCCAUCCUCAAGGGGCGGGACGCAGAUGCUUCUGAUAAAGACAGACUGACAGGAGAGGAGAAACUCAAAGAGCUCAUCAGCAUUGUCAACAGGUGUUUGAUAAGGAGAACAUCAGAUAUCUUAUCUAAAUAUCUCCCUGUGAAGAUUGAGCAGGUUGUGUGUUGCAGGCUGACUCCUCUGCAAUCAGAACUGUACAAGCGCUUCCUAAGGCAGGCCAAACCCAUUGAGUCAUUACAAGAGGGAAAAAUAAGUGUCUCCUCCCUGUCUUCAAUCACAUCACUCAAGAAACUUUGUAAUCACCCUGCUCUUAUCCAUGAGAAGUGUGUAGCGGGGGAGGAGGGCUUCGAGGGAGCACUGGAUCUCUUUCCACCUGGCUACAGCACCAAAGCCGUGGAGCCUCAGCUCUCUGGGAAGAUGCUGGUUCUCGACUACAUCUUGGCAAUGACAAAGAGCACAAGUAGUGAUAAGGUGGUGCUUGUCUCAAACUACACCCAAACACUGGACCUGUUUGAAAAGCUGUGCAGAUCUAGAAGAUACCUCUAUGUCCGCCUGGAUGGCACAAUGUCCAUCAAAAAAAGGGCGAAGGUUGUGGAAAAGUUCAACAGUCCAUCUAAUCCAGAGUUCAUCUUCAUGCUGAGCAGCAAGGCUGGUGGAUGUGGCCUAAAUCUGAUUGGUGCAAAUCGACUGGUCAUGUUUGAUCCUGACUGGAACCCAGCAAAUGACGAACAGGCUAUGGCCCGGGUGUGGAGAGACGGCCAGAAGAAGACCUGCUACAUCUAUAGGCUGCUAUCUACCGGGACGAUCGAGGAGAAGAUCCUGCAGAGGCAGGCCCACAAGAAAGCUCUCAGCAGCUGUGUGGUGGAUGAGGAACAGGAUGUGGAGCGUCACUUCUCUCUUGGAGAACUCCGGGAACUCUUCACUCUCAACGAGGAAACCACCAGUGACACACAUGACAAGUUUCGCUGUCGCCGCUGUGUGAACGGCAGGGAGGCUCGGCCUCCUGAGGAUGAUGCUGACUGUACCAGCAACCUCUCUCAGUGGAAUCACUGCUAUGACAAAAAAGGCCUCAGGGACCAAGUGUUGAAAGCCUCUUGGGAUGCUGCUGUGUCGUUUGUCUUCCAUCAGCGCUCUCAUGAGGACCAGAAGGGUGUAUUAUAGCUGAAACACACAGCCAUGUCUACUGUAAAUACUGAUAUUUAUUUCUUUGUUUCGUUUUUCUGUUAUUUUUUCGUACAUUAAAACAGAAAAAAAUAAAGGACAAUGAUUGUUAUGCGUA